CGACUGACCAGCGACCAGUUUAGGGUGUAGUCCGCCAUUUGCCUGAAGCUAGCUGGGAUGGGUUCCACCUUUCCCAUGACCCUAGUGAGGAUGAGCGGCUUGGAUAAUGGCUGGAUGGAUGAAUAUUUUGCACACUAGUAGGACAACUAAAUGCACACGAGUACUUUUAAUGCCAUAAUAAGAAUUCUAACAUCUGUAGUGCUUCACAAGCAGCACUAGUAGCUCACAGACGUCAACUAGCGCACAGUUUUGCCUCACUAGUAACAACGUGCAGAUCAGUAUGCGAGUAUAUGAGGUCAAGGAGCGUGAAGAGCAAAGAUAUGGACCAGUGGGAAUUCACGUGUCCUCUUGUUUACUGGAGAGGGAAGCGCACCGUGCACAAGCCUCACAAAACUCGCAGGGGAGGCGUCCAAAAGCGAUGAUGUCACCCUGGGGGGAGGAGCAGAUGGCGUCAUUCAUGUACAGGCAGAAAAGGGAGGGGGAGAAAAAAAAAAGGAAGCUUUCCCGAUAGGUCUCGUUGUGUACAAAGUUACACAAAACUUUUUUUUUUUCCUCUCCUUCCUCCCUCCCGAGUGGAGCCCCGGAGGGGGAUUGCAAUGCCGAGGGGGCAGAUCUGAAGGUGAGGCGGUGGGAGAGGGUGGGGUUGGUGCUUUUGAAAUUGGGCACCGCUGGUGACAGCAUCAAAUAGGAAUAGUUUUUGAAGGCCUUGGCUCGUCGUGCGGCAACACAAAAGCGAGGACCUCUUUUUUCUCCCCCCCUGUGGAGCACGAGCGGGUGAAAAGUAUUCUUGGGUCAUUUCUGGUGAAGUGAAAGUAUGCAGUCCCAAGUCAAGAGUCCGCCGUUUGUCCAGUGAAGUGACACCAGCGAUUCCUCCUCAAGACUCCCAACAUGUCCUCCAACCUGGACUCCAGUCUCACCAGCAUCGACUGGCUGCCCCAACUGGGCAUCAGCAGCCUGCGCUCAGGUAGAGACCGAGGAGGGGAGAGGGAGAAGAGGAGGGAGCGAGGAGGGGAGAGGGGGGACUCGUUGGCUUCGGCGCAGGACCCCUCCCCGGCGAACCCCAAAGGCAAACCCCCGCACAGCUACGCCACCCUCAUCGCCAUGGCCAUCGCGGCCGCGCCGGACAGGAAGUUGAGCCUGAGUGACAUCUACACCUGGAUCAGUGACACCUUUCCUUACUACAGCCGCACGGGCCGCGGAUGGAAGAACUCCAUUCGGCACAAUCUGUCCCUGAAUAAAUGCUUCAGGAAAGUUCCUCGUCCGCACACCGAUCCUGGCAAGGGAUCCUACUGGACAAUGGAUGGCCCCGCGGUGUUAAGUCAAGCCAGGGCGCCCAAACGCCCCCAUCCGGAGGACGAACAGGGACGGCUGGAUUCACCACAACUACUAGCGAGAGACCCCUCUCCUCAUCCAGCUUCCCACAUGGAAGGCGGUGUACCUCUUGAAAAGUCCUUGCAGCAGCCCCUCCGACCUGCCUCCCUCUCUCCUCCCCCAUGCAAGCAACCAUACACACCAGCUGCUACCACCCCCAUCCAUGUUCCCCCCGGACCUAGCCCCACUCCACCCACCCCCCUCCCCUCUGCCGCCGGUGCCUGUCCCUGUCCAACAUUCCGUGCCCACUCAGGAUCGGAAUGUGCCCCGUCUUCAUCCUCUUCGUCUCACCUGAGCCCUUCGGCUCUCGCUUUUUCAUCCCCUUUUCCCCUACCCGUGGCCGCCCCUUCCUCAGCGGGGUCAGGACACCCCACGGCGGACCCCCCGCUGCGAUUCACCUUCGACGAGAUGAACUUACCCGACUUGUAUGCGUCCUUUAAGUCUCUCUUCAAGAGUAUGAGGGAGAGGGGAGGCUCACAAACGGAUUCUGCCCCUGUGCCGAUGGUGAGCAAUGACAUCACUCCACUUCACACCCCGGUCCUCCUGCCAUUGUCUCCUCACCGUGCAGCACACCCACCACCGGCCCCGCCUGCAACAGUGCCACCACUUGCACCACCUGCGCCCCCAAGCGACCCAGUCCGGGUUACGCAACACUAUGAUGUGGUUCUGUUGGCUGCAUCAAACCGUGAUCUCCAACGCUCACUGCAGCGGUUCGUAGCCGAGUGUGAAGCGGCUGCGAUGAGAAUCUGCAACUCCAAAUCUGAGACCAUGGUCCUCAGUCGCAAAAGGGUGGCGUGCCCUCUCCGGGUCGGGGAUGAGAUCCUGCCCCAAGUAGAGGAGUUCAAGUAUCUCGGGGUCUUGUUCACGAGUGAGCGAAGAAUGGAGCGGGAGAUCGACAGACUGAUCGGUGCAGCAUUUGCAGUGAUGCGGAGUUUGUAUCAGUCUGUUGUAGUAAAGAAGGAGCUAAGUCGUAAGGCAAAGCUUUAAAUUUACCCGUCGAUCUACGUUCCUACCCUCACCCAUGGACACGAGCUGUGGGUCGUGACCGAAAGAACAAGAUCCCGGAUACAAGCGGCCGAAUUGAGUUUCCUCCGCAGGGUGUCCGGGCUCUCCCUUCGA